UAAAGAAGUGAUGCACCUGUCACAAUUUAUGAUAAAGACGACACCUUUGAGGCACAUUACACAGCACAUAAGCAAUCUUGAUCAGUACAAGUUUAUUGGAGCGCGCUCGUGGCAGGUGUCUUGGCGCCAUGGAAUGUAUUUGGAGUAUAAGGCCACUUUCCAUAGAGUUGGAGGAUCGAAAUCCAUGAGAUGACUGGAAGCACUGUCCGUGGUGAGCGAGGACCAGUCCAUUUUCGAGUCGCCCUUCCCUGCCGCCACGACAAUGCACAUGAAGGGCGAGAUGACGUCACCGGGAAGCUUCAGCCAGGCCUCCGAAGAGAGCCAAGAACCCACCGAGCCGGAGUGGGCCGGCCCGGGAGCACAGAACCCUGGGAAGAGAGGAGAGCACAUCAACGGAACCAGUCGUGAGUCCCCUGUGGACUGCAGUGUGACCAAACGCUCCCGACACAUGAGCAGCAACGAUGGGGGUCAGCUGGCCUACCAGGCCUCAUACCCUGAGCCCCGCGCCAGCCCCCAGACCGCCACCCCGCCCAACAGCGCCACAGAGGAGAAGAGAGUCAUAGUGCCCGCAGACCCUGAGGUGUGGACCCAGGACCAUGUGCGCCAGUGGCUGGACUGGGCCAUCAAGGAGUACAGCCUGGAGGAGGUGGACAUCAUGCACUUCCACACACUGGAGGGCAAGGCACUCUGCAAGAUGACCAAGGAGGAUAUGAUGCGCCUCACGUCCGCCUACAACACAGACAUCCUGCUCGGCCACCUCAAUUACCUCCGGCAGAGCAGCCCUACUUUCUCCUACCCCACAACUCCAACCAACAACACACAGCAACAACCCAGACUACAGGUUAAAUCAGAGAUGAAGACACGGAUGUCUCAUGAGAACAGUUAUGAGGAGAUAGGCAGAAGGAACAGCUGGCCAUCGAACCCCAUGCCACCUCCAGUACCCAAAGGUUCUCCAAUGGAGCACCAACACAGCACCAGAGUCACAGAGCCUCCACCGAGAAGUGUGCAAGACCCAUACCAAGCAUUAGGUCCCAUCAGCAGUCGUCUAGCCAACCCAGAAGGGCAGGCCCUCCACUCCAAGAACCGAACAAGCAAACACAGUUCAUACAGGCUGCCUGACCCCAGCGCUCACAGGCCUGUGGGCUCUGGACAGAUCCAGCUGUGGCAGUUCCUGCUGGAGCUGCUGUCGGACAGCAACAACUCCAGCAUCAUCACCUGGGAGGGCACCAACGGCGAGUUCAAGAUGACCGACCCGGACGAGGUGGCCAAGCGUUGGGGCGAGCGCAAGAGCAAGCCCAACAUGAACUACGACAAGCUGAGCCGCGCCCUGCGCUACUAUUACGACAAGAACAUCAUGACCAAGGUGCACGGCAAGCGCUACGCCUACAAGUUUGACUUCCAGGGCAUCUCACAGGCCCACCAGGGCCACGGCGGAGAGGGGGGCAUUGUUAAGUAUCAGACUGAGGUAUCUUAUGCCCAGCCCUACCACAGCCACCAGCCAAAAAUGAACUUCAUGAACACGCAUGCCGCCCCUAUGCCAGUGUCCCCUGGGAACUUUUUCGGGCCGCCUACAACUUACUGGAACUCAACAACCAGCCCAAUGUAUCCAGGGUCUCCCAUGCCAAGGCACCCGGGGACUCACUCCCACCUGAGCUCAUACUAUUGAGGCCUGGGUGUCUUGCACUAGACUGGAUGGGCUGGCAGAGCUUUCUGAAACAGACAUAUCCAAGAUACCAUCCACAAUGUAUCUGGUCUUUAAUGUCUAAAUUACAUUGUAACGCUAUGCGAGUUUUUUAAUUUCUCAAUUAUGGAGGUUGAGAAUGUUCAUUUCCUGUGAUUCAGUUUUUUGAAAAACCAAGUUUUUCAAUUAUGUAAGUAUUUUGUUUAAUAUGUAAUUGAGGUCAUUGAAGGAUUUAAAGGGAAAGUCACUGAGUGUGGGAAGUGGUAAAACUGUUGAGGUCUUUAUCUCAAUUACUAUAUUCAUUAAAUCUAACAUUUGUAAAAGUAUAAUUGUACAGAAUGUUUCAUACAAUUGUAGCAAUAAAACAUUUACCCCUGUAGUAAUGCUAAUAAAAGGAACUUGUAUAUUUGA